AUGAAGUCUGGCCCCGGUGAUCUACUGAAGUCUGAUGCAACCCAUCGUUUGGCUGCGACGCGCCGUAAUCCGUCGACAUUGCCCGUCAUUGCCAGACCGCCAAGAUCUUUACCUGCAGUAGACCUACGGCAACCCAUUCUCCUUCGCAUCCGCAAACUCCUUCACUUGGGUCUUCCCGUUCAAAAUGGUCAGCCUCUUGAUCCUCUAGACUUCCCUGCUACGUUGCCUCUACCCCCAAACUUGCGGCAUUCAAGUGUAGAUUCUCGUGAGAAUUCUCGAGUUACACCAGCAUUGCCCACCACCCAAUCCUCUUUCGCCGCCUCCACUAUCUUCACAGCACGCCCAAAUCCCCUUCGUGCUGCCCGGUCUCUGCCAUCUGUCGUUAAUGUUCCUCACGCUCAGGCUAAAGAGCGCAACGCCGCAGCGGGUGCUCCCAAAAAAGACAAUAAUAUAGUACCUGAUGAAUAUCUCGACCCUCCAUCACCACAUCCUGAUUCACAAGAAUCGACUACUGCAGUACAAUCCAACACCGGAGAGCAUGGGGGUGAUCCGCGGUCAUGUUCUGUUUUAAGUUCUAUUGGGCUGGUAGCCCGUGAGAAACGGAAAGGAAAUAACGUUCCGAGUAACGCCGCAGAAACCUUCGCCAUGGCACCAGGGACAUUAAGGGAUAUCACGCAGGCAACAUCAAACCCUCAUAUCAACUUCCAACAACUCAGGCUGACGAUCAGCUCCAAGUCUAGGAAGAAAAGUGCUCCUAACUGA